CAGCUUCCGCAGCAAAGCACCAAUAUUAAUCACCCCCGCGGCUUCCCCUCUACUACUCCCGAUUGCUCCAGAUUUCCGGUCGAAUCCCCUCCUCUUCCACCACCGCCACCAAAACCCUAAACUCGCCACCGGACCGGCGCGCGCCAGUCCCUUCCUCUCUCCGGCGCGGUCGCGGACUGGGCGGCGGCUAUGGGCGACAGCGUCCUCUCGGUCUCGGCCGCCAUCCACCCGAACGUGCACUCCCCGGAGGACGUCUUCCGCCUGUACCGCGGCCGCCGCGCCGGCAUCGUGCAGGCCCUCACCGAAGACGUGGACGAGUUCUACGAGAAGUGCGACCCUGACGAGAAUGCCUUGUGCCUCUUUGGACAACCUAAUGGAACCUGGGAAGUGAAACUGCCACUCGAGGAUGUUCCUGUUGAACUUCCUGAGCCAGUAUGUGGGAUAAACUUUGCUCGCGAUGGAACCCCCAAGAAAGUUUGGCUAUCUAUGAUAGCUAUCCAUAGCGAUGCAUGGUUGAUGUCCAUGGCAUUUUACCAUGCCGGUCGUGUUGCAUUUGACAGAGACGACAGGGAACUGCUCUUCAGGUUGAUCAAUACCCUUCCCACUGUCUAUGAAACCCUGAAAGCCAGCAGCAAAAAAAAGUCUAGCUCCCAGACGCCGGAGGAAGAGGACGGCGCCAAUGCUAGUGGAGGCAGUGAUGAUCAAGCUAUGACGGAGUGCGCCGCUUGUCAAGAGACCUACAACGCUGAUGACGGGCACUUCUGGAUUGGUUGCGACCAUUGUGAGAGGUGGUUCCAUGGCAGGUGUGUGGGGAUGACUCCUGAGAAGGCAGAUGAAAUCGAGCGCUACAUGUGCCCUGGUUGCAGCUACAAGAGUAAACAAAACAAGAUGAAAGCUCCACGGCAAGUGUGUGGGGAUGACUCUUGAGAAGGCAGAGUAAAUCGAGCGCUACAUGUGUCCUGGUUGCAGCUACAAGAGUAAACAAAACAAGAUGAAAGCUUCUUGCUGAUGUGGUUAGGAAGUUGUGAUAGUAGUGAGCGGUGAUGCUUGAACUGGGGGAAUCUCUCGUUUUCGCGACUCUGCUGUUUGCUCCCCUGUUGCAUUAGCUUCGUGACAUCUUAGGAUGCCAGCUGGUGAUGGGAACAUGAGGUGAAUUUGUGGAAUGCAUCCAAAUCUCGUGCUCCUGUUUGACUUUGACACAGUUUCAAAACAAAAUCAUGACACAUUGCCUGA